UCCCCCAAAGAGCCCUCACCUCUGCAGAUGCGCGAUUUCUCUUCAAACAAAGACAUCAUGUCAUCUUCUCAGAGUCUCUCUGAUCUAUCUCUCUCACCUCCUCAACAUCCCUCUCAUAACCCCCCUUCUACAUCUAACACAAACCUUCUGGAGAUUUCUUCCUCAGAUUUCGACACCCUCUCAAGCGACUCUACUCCAUCGCCACCAUCGCCUUCUCGUCGUCGCUUGGUUCGAAGCGGAAUCGUCAAGAAAGUGUCAUCCGGUUUCAAAAAGCGUUCCGGACAGAGCUUCCGCCAGCGACUCGCUUCUUUGAUAUCUUCGCCGAGGGGAUCACGGAUGAGCAGUCCCGGUGUCGGAUCCCGGUCCCCGGGAAGUUCCCUUGCUAGCAGCGUGUCAGCUCCGGAUUCGGAUUAUAUUCUACAGGAAGACAUCAAGCAGGAAGAGGAGGAUGAGGAAUUUGUGUCUGGUGCGGAUGAAGUCGAUCCGAGGGAACUAAAUAUUGAUGAUGCUAGGAAGAGUAAGAAGAGGAAGCGGAAUUUGGAUGUUAAUUAUAUGCCUGGAAGUGAGGAAGACGAGGAUGAUGCCUCGAAUGAGAAGGUUGUUCCUGAUGCGAACGAGGUCGACCCCACUGAGCUCAUUGACAUUGCUGCUAAGAAGCCUGCAAAGAGGAAAAGGGAUGUGGACGCUGCCUACGUUCCGGGGGAGGACAAAGAUGGCGAUGACAGCCAGAGCGACAUAGCGACUGCACCCUCAGGCAGGACUUAUAAGAGAAGGAAUGUGCUUAAAAAUACCGCCGCACAAAAAGCUCCUCUGCGGACACCCGAGAAGGCAAAGAAGCCGAUACUCCCCAUCACCCCGUCUAGAGAAACCGAUCCUGUGAAGGUGGAAGAGCCUGAUUCGCAGUCUGAGGACGCAAAGAUAACAUCCCAUGCAUCAUAUCCAACACCCGAGUCUCUCCUAACAAAGACUACAAACAAUGUUCGGGAUUUGUCUUCACCUACUCGUCGCUACCGCGCCCCGGUCAAGCCCCAGACAGGCGACAAUGCGGAGUAUAUCCCCGAAAAAGCUAUCUCUCCUAUACUGCAGGGAAGCCGGGAGGGAACGAGUGAUAGCAAGCACGCAGCGUCGUCCCACUUGGAGGACGAUGAAGAAGAAUAUCAGGAUCGUCCAAUUCGUCACAAUGAGACGACGGGGAUUGUCUUUGACUUUUCUGUAGAAAGGGCCAAACGCUGGGCCAGCGCAAUCAACGUGCCGGAGGGUCUAUACAAUUCUGAAGAGAAGGAUCUGUUUUUCCGACUUGCCAUGCGCGGCUUUGAGCCUGUCCUUCCAAAAAUCUGGCGACAUGACUUUCCGACGCUACCUGAAUCUUUGUAUCCUCGGGGCGCUGAGCCGAAUAGCACGCCGAUUAUUGAUGUCACGCGAAGCUCCAACUCAUAUGCAACCAAAGCCUUGUCGAACCUGUUCGCCGUCGGUGGUCGUGUGCGUGACUGCGAGAUUCUCCGCCAACGAGCCGAGCCCUUGAUCAAGCAAGCGAUCAAGAACUAUAUCCGCUGGGCUUUAUUCGAUGCCAAUCUACAUACCGCUAAAGGUGCGGUUCCUGUACAUGUGAUAUAUGACCAGAAAAAAGGCGAAUCCACCCUGAAAGCCGUCCAUAACAUGAACCGCAAACUCCGCAAUCUUGUCCGUCGCCACCACGAAGCCCUAGGCGUGACAACCGACGCUCACUUGAAAUCGGAGUCGAGCGAACACGAGCAACAGCCCACUCCCGCCAAGUUCCCCCUUCUUAUAGGGUUCACCAUCUGCGGGCCCAUUGUCGCCAUCUUGACCCACAGCACUGAUCCCCAGGAAAUUGGAGACGGUGAAGUGCAGGGCCGAUUCAUGGGCCAAUUUGACUUGUCUGAACGUGGCCAGGAUGUGUGGAAUUCGCUUGCGAUUGCGAUUACGGUGGUGUCUGUCUGUCGGACGAUGCUGUCGCUCGCGCAGGAGGGGAAACGGGGGUAUGAUCAUGAGCGUAGUCCGUCCGCUUCGGACAUUGAUCUUUGAUAUUGAUCUUGAUCAUUCGACAUUGAUUGCUGGGCUUUUAUCAUUGGGC